UAUUCUUGUUUAUAUAAAGCAGGAUUGGAUGGAUUUUUUUGUCUUUUUUUUAAAUUAAAAAUAGAUUUGUGCGUCACAGACACGUAGGGCACCAGUGCGCUGAGUAUAAAGCAAGAGAGAAUGUGGAAUAAAAGGAAUAACUUGUGGCUAGGGGUGUGGUGAGCCGGCUGAUGUGAGCGGCUGCAGGGGAUGUGAUAGUAGGAGGGUGAGUUAUACCUUGGCUUCUGGCUCCCUGAUUACUGUCUGGCUGCUGCCUGAGGAUGAGAUAGAAACUGCCUCCUCCUCCUCCUCAGAAGCAGUUUAUACACAGACAAGUAGAGUCUAUCAAAAUAGCAGCUGAUAGAAGUAGGGAUGGAAAACUCAAGUGCAGCUCCAUUGGAUGUGAUAACAGACUCUACUUAUGGAGGCCUGAAAGAUAAUUUUACUCAAGGUUCUCUGGAAACCAGUGAUAAAGUUACUGCUUGGGACCAAUGGGAUAAUUUCAGCACCAUCGCUGUGUUACUGCAAGAAGCUAUGCGGAGUCCUACAGAGAAGCCUCUGUCUACACCAGUUCCUUUCUGGGAUAGUCCAUUGAACCAUGGCCUCAGUGUGUUCGUUGGCGUGGCAUUGUGUGUGACUAUGCUGGGACUGGGCUGUACAGUGGAGAUCAGUCAAAUAGGGGAUCAUUUGAGAAGACCCAUCGGGGUGCUCAUUGCCUUGAUCAGCCAGUUUGUCUUCAUGCCCUUGGUGGCCUUCCUCUUGGCCCUCAUAUUCUCCCUGGAUGAAGUAGCAGCCAUUGCCGUCCUGCUCUGUGGAUGUUGCCCUGGAGGAAAUCUCUCGAAUAUCAUGUCCCUUCUGGUGAAUGGAGAUAUGAACCUCAGUAUCAUCAUGACCACAUCAUCCACCCUGUUAGCCCUUCUGCUGAUGCCCCUCUGCCUGUGGUUUUACAGUCGUCCAUGGAUCAACACCCCUCUGGUGCAGUUUUUGCCCCUGGGUGCAGUGUCCCUCAUGCUCUGCAGUACCCUCCUGCCUAUUGGUCUGGGUGUUGCCAUACGUUACCGCUAUAGCAGGAUUGCAGAUAUUCUGCUUAAGGUUUCCCUCUGGUCUCUGCUAGUGACCUUGGUUAUUCUCUUCAUUCUCACGGGAGCCAUGCUUGGACCUCAGCUGCUGGCUACAAUCCCACCCUCGGUGUAUAUAGUUGCCCUGAUGAUGCCGGCAAUUGGCUAUGGAUUGGGGUAUGGCCUGGCUACUUUAUUUGGCUUGUCCCCAAAGGGCAGGAGAACAGUGUCUCUGGAAACCGGAUGCCAGAAUGUCCAGCUAUGUACAGCUCUGUUGAAGCUGGCCUUCCCACCCCACCUCAUUGGCAGCAUGUACAUGUUCCCAUUGCUCUAUGCCUUAUUCCAGGCCUCAGAAGCCGGGGUCUACGUUUUAGUCUACAAAUUUUACAGGAAAGAUGUUCUACAUAAGACAGAAUCUCUGGACGAGGAUACUAAUAUUUCCUUCAAAAAACUUAAGGAAGAAGAUCCCCCUGAAAUGUCAUAUGGGGCAGUAGAAUCAGGAGAACAACGUUCUGUUAAUAUGGAACUAGAGCAGAGACCCCACUAAUUUUUAAACACAAUGUUGAGUGACAGUUGUUUACACCAUAAUGUUGGAAUUGUCAGUCUGCUGCCCACCAAACAGCUAAAGGGGGCUGCUGGGAAAUGUAGUUCUGGUGGGCUGUAGGUUGAUUAUCCCUGCAAUAGUGUAUUAAUGAAUUCAUGUAAACUGUGCCAAAAAUUUUCAUUAAUUUGUACAGAGGGACCUGGAAGAAGACCAUGAUUGUAUGUAAAUUUCACACAUUGACCCUAUACAUCAUUUCCUGGGUGGCGGUUUUGAAUUGUUUUGUCCCAGAGUCUUGGCGUCAAUUCACCAUUCAUAAUAAAAACCCGCCGAGGAAAGCACGCCAAUGAAAACACGCCAAGGAGAUUACGCAAGAGAAAACAAAAUUUCUACUAAAAUGUAAUUUCUGAAGCAUUUUUUUGAUACGGAUCGACUUAUGGAUCUUGUGGGAGGAAAAAGUAGCGUGUGGCAUCAUGGGUAGUAAAUCGAAAAAAAAAAAAACCCCGGACGACUAAUCUGCAAAGUACAUUAUUUAUAUAGCACGAAUAUAUCAUCCAGUGAUAUCAUCAUUCACAUUAGCCACUGUCCCAGUGGAGCUUACAAUCUACACAUCAGUUUAUCAGGAGCCAUUUAACCUGCUUGUAUGUAAUUAGUGGAAAAUGAAUCUAAUCUGGGAAAAACCCACAAACACAUGGGGGGAGACAUACUGAUUCUGCAUAGCAUAUACUUUCAAAACAUUUCCUAAACUCAAACCUGCAAGACACUGGCUGCCUGUUAGUGUGAAAGGAGACAGUAGCACACACAUUUACUUUAUAUUUAAAUACACACAAAUGUACUUAUUAUGUACAUAUUUUUGUCUUCUGCACUUCCUAUUUGUUAUACACAAUUUGCAUCCUGCCCUUCUCCAUGGAUGCAAUUUAAAUCCCUCAUACAGGCCCAUAAAAACAUCUGCACCAGGCACAAACUGGAUCCUGGGAUGCUUUAAUGGACCAACAAUUGCACUAUAACGUGGUUAUAGUGACUUUCUUUGAGGUCAUAAUAUGGAGGUUUAUUGGCCUGAGCAAUGUGAGUGUGGGCAGAGGGAGGCCAGCAUGGAGGUCCCAUGCAGGAACAUGGAACUGGAAAAAUACUGUGUUUCAGUUGGUUUUGCUGGAUUGUGCUACAGUAUCUGCAUCUUUCUACUCAAAG